AUUUUGUAUGUCUUCAUUCAAUGUUUCCAUUUCCUUAUUUUACUGAUUGCCACAGCAGGUAGAACUUCCCAUUAAAUCACCGGUAUCAGCUUUUGAAUUCUUGGGCCAUAAGAACAUUGACUUCGUAUGCAUUUGUGUUUUUGUGAAUCCACUGUCCUUUGAGGUCUGUUGUGAGUGCAUAAGUUUGUGGGUAUAGAUAUGGCUGUUGCGUUUACGCGUCGCUCUUGGUGGUUGUGGAGUGGAAAGCAUCAAGAGCCUAAAAUAUCUAACGGGUCUUCUUCAAAUUCUGCAUCUGAUUUGGGUUUGUGGGAAUCAGAUUCUGUGAAAUUCCCUUUGGUUAAUGGAGGCAAUAUGGGUUCCUCGUCUAGAAGGGUUAAGCGAAAAUGGCAAAGUCGGGAAGAAAGAAAAAUUGACCAUGAAUAUGAUGUGGUUGUGGUGCCAUCAGAUGGUGGUUGUGUUUCUGGGUCCGAGUCUGAUGAUUCGGAUUGGUCAGUUGGAUGGUUGGAGCCUUAUGGCCCUGGGUUCGAUAGUGACAAUGAUUCAGAUGAUAGUUUUGCUGUGUUGGUUCCUUGCUAUGGUCGUGGGCGUGAGGAAAAUUUUAAGGACAAGUUUCUAGACACUAUUGGAAAUGUCCCAGAAAUGUAUGCUGCUGAGAACAAGUACACGGAACAAUGGCUCUCCUCUCUCAGGAGCAGCUGACAUUCCAUGAAUGGCUCUCCUAUCUUCGUCAUGCCAUUCCGGCUUCUUCUUCGCCUUCUGUAUGGACUUCCUACUAUUAUAACCAACCCGGGAAAAAAAUUCAAAAAA